UAACAGCUCGCCCCGCCACUAAAGCUUCUGUGGCUUUUAGUUUUCGCUUUUUUUUGGUGUUCAUAAUAAAUAAUUCAUUCGAUGUUUUUCACUCUUUUUUAGGCUGUUAGUGGACGCUCCUAUAUUUUUAACUCUAAGCAUCUUGCCUGAAGUGUGGAUGCUGUGGAAGAAUGUUUCUGGUGGGAUUGACUGGCAAUGUGGGAACGGGAAAAUCUACGGUCAGCCAGAUGCUGGCCGAUCUGGGAAUUCCCAUCAUCGAUGCUGAUAAAAUUGCACGAGAUGUGGUGGUUCCCAAUAGUACAGCAUGGAAAACCAUCCGUAGUAAUCCCUUAUUUGGUUCGCGAUUUUUCACGGCGGAUGGUGAACUGGAUCGCGCCGCGAUGGCCGCCGAAGUGUUUAGCAAUGAAAAAUCUCGGAGAGUUCUGGAGCGCAUCACACAUCCCGAAAUCAGAAUGGAAAUGAUCCGUCAGAUUGUGCGAUACGCCAUUUCAGGUUAUCCGUUUGUUAUUCUGGAUGUUCCGCUGCUUUUCGAGAGAUCUCCGUUACUUCGGCUCUGCCAUAAAGUGGUUGUUGUCACAUGUUCCCAAGAUAAGCAGUUCGAGCGCCUCCGAAAGCGGAAUCAGUGGUCGGAAGAGGAGAUGCGGCAGCGUCUGGCGGCACAGAUGCCGCAGGAGAAGAAAGUCCGCUUCGCAGAUCAUGUAAUUAACAACAGUCAUUCCCUCCAGGAAACCAAUAAGCAGGUAAUGAAACUGCAUUCCGCUCUGAUGAAAUCCAAAUUCCACUGGGUUGUCCGCGGUGUAUUCCUGACCGGCGUUAUAUUACUCUGCGUCGCCCUCUAUCUCGUCCUUGUGAUAAUACGAUGGAUCUUUUGAUCGAGUAUUUGUUGUUUGAAACAUUUUCAGCUUUUUAGUUUUGCCUUGGACGUUUGUAAGGUUUUAUUACGGUUAAUUUUUACCUUUUGAAUUCUUUAUAUAUCAGGUUGUCUGAUAACCGGAACACACGUUCACAUUUCUCUGUUUUUAUUGAACUUUGCAUAAGAAGUAUUAAUGAGUUAUUUGUUGUUAACUUUAGUUGUAUUUGUUAAUUUUUAAUAUUCUGGUAGCAGCGCGUUAUGAGGGAGAGCGCUAUAAAUACAG